AUGGCCUUCGACCAACUCGCUACCCAGCUGGCUGGUAUCACUCUGGAAUAUCAACAGAUGCAGGACGUCGUUGAAUUCUCUGAAACUGCAGGCGAGAACGUGUUGCCAGAAGAUAUGGACACGAAAAUAGACUGCUCGGUAAAGCCCACUUCUCCUCUUGUGUAUGAGCUCCCGCCAGAAAUCAACGAUAGCAGCACUAUCGAGGAAGUGGCAGCGUUCCUUCUCGACUUUGCCUAUGCUGAGAUCAAUUUUUCUCUUCCAUUUCAGAACCAACCUGAAAAGAUGUUCGCACUUUGCACAUUGAUUUCGGACCAGAUCAUGGAGCGUUGCGCAGCAGAGUCUACUGGCCUCCCCCUGUUUGCUCCCAAGACCCACCUUUUCUACCCUUUCUGGCUACCGGACCAUCCAGUUAACGUACGUCAUCUCCGCUGUGCACUGUGGGCGGUAGAGGAAGUAAAGAUGCGCAUGGCGGCUAAGGGAGGGUUUGGAAAGUUCUUGGAGGAGAACAUCAAGGAUUGA